AUGUUGUGGUUUAUUUAUAUCUACCUCAGUCAUCCUAAGGACAAGUGGAAAUUUGUCGGUCACCAUCCUAGGGCAUUUGGACGGAGGGCCCGCGCUCGCCGUCGGGCGGGAGCUGUGGUGGCUGCGGGGGUGCCGUGGUGUCCUCUCUCCUCGCAGGCUGAAGUGGAGGAAACCCUAAAGAGGAUUCAAGCCCACAAAGGGGUUAUCGCAACUAUUGUUGUAAACGCCGAAGGAAUUCCAAUACGAACAACUCUUGAUAACUCUACAACAGUCCAGUAUGCAGGUCUUCUUCAUCAGCUUACCAUGAAAGCUAGGAGCACGGUGAGAGAUAUUGAUCCUCAGAAUGAUCUAACCUUUCUUAGGAUCAGAUCAAAGAAACACGAAAUUAUGGUAGCUCCAGAUAAGGAGUAUCUCCUGAUCGUUAUUCAGAACCCAUGCGAAUAG